AUGGCGAGUGAGGAAUUGUUUGGAGCUACGCCCGAUUACGUAGGGACCGUGGUGGGAACUUUACCAGGCAGCGAUAUUGCGGCCGAGCUGGCUAGAAUUUCUUCUUGCCUGGACUCGAUGGAGAAAGAACCUCAGGGUCCUGGCAAGUACCGUACUGAAGGCCAAGUGAUGCCAUCUCGUCAUAUAUAUGUAGGUAGAUUUGGGUCGAUGGGGCAGGCUCCACGACCAGACGCGAAAGUGGGACUUGGAAUUAAUGUACAAACAUCAAGAAUAUUUGCUAAGCAUAGUGAAGUUUAUGGCCUAAGUACCCGCGCGUGGCAAGAGAAGGUUUAA